UUGAGAAAAAAGGAUUUCACACGAUCGCGCUAUAUAAGCGACGCGUAGCGUCCCGACGCUCAAGUCACGUUGGGACACGCGGAAAGAUGAGGCAAAUUAUUCUACUGGCUCUGACGCUCGCUGUCUUUCAGCUUGCCAGCUGUAAAGCCUUGGACGAUGGUCUCCUUCCUAGGGAAGUUCGCCUAGUGGAUCAUCGUAUAGUCGGGGGUCAUGCGACCACUAUAGAAAAUCAUCCCCACCAGCUGUCCCUCCAACAGUACAACUCGCACAUUUGCGGCGCUUCGGUCAUCAGCAGCAAAUGGGCCGUAACUGCCGGUCAUUGUGUUGGUGGCUCCGCUAGCAACUACAAACUCCGUGCUGGCAGUACGACUAAGAACGGCGGAACUGCCUAUGCCGUGAAAAGGAUCAUGAGGCACCCAAAGUACAACAGCAACACGAUCGACUAUGACAUAGCGGUUAUUGAGAUCGAGGGUGAAUUCGCUCUUGGGAAAACUGUUAAACCAGUGAAAUUAGCUACUGCCGAACCAACCGAGGGAAGAGUUGUUAGCAUUACAGGAUGGGGAACUACCAGUCAAGGUGGAUACACGUCCAACACUCUUUUGGAGGUUAAUGUUCCUGUAGUCGAGCGUGCCGUUUGCGCCAAAGCCUAUGGCUCCAUGAAUGCACCGAUUACCGAUAGGAUGAUCUGUGCUGGACUUUUGGAAGAGGGUGGUAAGGACGCCUGCCAGGGUGACUCCGGUGGUCCUCUCACUGCUAACGGCGUCUUGUACGGAGUCGUUUCUUGGGGCUAUGGCUGCGCGAGACCAAAGUACCCCGGCGUCUAUACUAACGUAGCUGCUUUGACUGGAUGGGUCAAGGAGCAGACCGGUAGCUUGUAAUACUUUGAAAUUGGCACGUGGGAAUGACGUUUAGAGUUUUCGAAAAAUACGAUACAGGAAUGAUGAUCGGUGGAUGAAAAAUUGUUGAUGAAAAAAUAAAAAAAAAAAGAAUAGCAUAUA